UCGGAAAGGUGUCAUCGAAGGAGAAAACUAUCGAGAAUGCAUUUCCCGAUAACGGUGAUCGUGCUCACUGUCCUAGCCAUCACCAACGUGUCUACUCUGACGUGUCUCGAGUGCGUUAGCAUGGGCAACGAGAAGGCCUGUGAUGAUGUCGGUGAACCGACCGAGUGUAACGCGGAAGGGGCCAAUCGGUACACGGCUGUGUUCGCGCGCGCAAACCCCGACAUUCCCAAAAUGCAACCGAACAAAUCCACGUUUAAGUGCUUCAGACUGAUCGUGGUUGGUGAAGAACCGUACUUUCUCAAGGGAUGCACCUUCCGCGAUCUGCCAGUGUGCGAGAAAACCAACUCGAAUGUAGACUGCCAGACUUGCGAGGAUGAGGAAUGCAAUGGCAUUUACUACGGGCUGGACAAAGAUGAUGACAAUGGUGCCGGCAAGAUCGACGCCACGGCCAUUUGCUGCCUACCUUUUGCUGUGUGUUUGCUCGCGAUCUUUGCACGCAUUGCACCGGGGUUUUAA